UGUUUCUCUUUAUGGUUUAAGAGAGGACAAAACACCGCAAUUAAAACUUUGCGGUGAUUAGUAUUCUACUUGUACAAUAAAAUAUAAACUUGUAUCUACCUCAUGAUAAAUGCUUGUUGUGGUUUAACACCACUAAAAGACAGAACUGAAUCAGAAAUGACAAGCAGCGAGAAUGAGAAAUUGGACAUCCCCAAAUUUAAAUGGGUUGAUAUUACCCAAGACUUCUUUUCUGCCAGCAAACAUUUACAUCUUGGGGAACUGGUGCAUGACUGCUCAUUUGGGUUGUUUGAGGCUAUGUCUGCUAUAGAGAUGAUGGACCCAAAGAUGGAUGCAGGGAUGCUUUGUAAUCAGAUCAAAAGAAAAGUUCUUACGCUAGAGCAAUCAAUAAAGGAAGGUUGUGUCAAAGUAGAGAAUCUGGAUUAUUCAGAACUUAUUGGCAUAAUGGAUGCCUCUUCAGCUUGUUUAGUGACCUGGAUAGAAGGCCACUCAUUGGCUCAAACUGUUUUCACCAAUUUGUACCUCCAUAACCCAUAUGUUAUUGAAGACAGAUACCUCAAAGCAUUUUGUAUUGUUAUGCUUAAGACAGUAGAUCACAUUAGAGAACGAAUCAACAGGGCUGGAACAGUGGAAGAGGAAGAUUUUCAGCCCAUGUCAUAUGGCUUCAAGAUGGCUGGAGAUGUUUCUGAGACACGAGCAUUAGGUAUGAUCAAGGAGGUUGAAGAAGAACUAGGAAAAAUUAGCAAGAGUACAAGAUCCAAAGCAGGUGAAGAUAGAUCAGAGUCCCAAGAAAGGCAGCAUAAACUUGUCACAGCAGUCCAUGUCCGGCUCAAAUUUUACAGGUUAUUCUACUCGGCAUUAUUGUCAUUCGCUAAAGAAAAGUGUGAGGGCUUACCUUUGGCACAAAAACAGUUGAAUCAACUUGCUGAGCUUAUACCAACCAUCACCGAGACAAUAUCUCUGGGGCUGCUGGAGGAAUCAACACCAGCAUCCAAAAAUGAUUAUCCAACAAUUAUGGGGUUUGAACCUCUAAUUAAUCAGAGAUUACUGCCUCCAACAUUUCCUCGCUACACCAUAAUCAAGGCUAGGGUAGAUUCCUUUAAUUACAUGUCCACAUUGGUUCAGAAGCUGCUCUUCAUCACAACUGUCCCUGAUUUAGGAUAUUUACACAAUAUUUUGGAAGCUUUCACUGAGUUCAGCAAGUCCUCGCCAUGUGUUUUAUCAAGAUCUUUAUUGCAAUUGUUGUUAUUGCCACCCAAUAGAAGAAUAUUUGGCACCCAGAGUGUUGUUGAUGCGCUGAAAGAAACCAUCCGCGGGUUCAUAGCCCCUCCUGGACUCUCACCAAAGUCCUCUAUUUACAACCAUGCUCAAGCUAAAGAAUAUAUUGAUGCCCUUCUGACCCGAGCAGCAAGACCAUUUUGUACAUUGUUUCAAAUCACUGGUCACAACAGAGCCAGACAGAGGGACAAGUGGGCCCACAUUUUAGAAGAUUUGUCAAACAUGCAAGAAGAGGCUGAUAAGGUAGAUGCCUAUCUUCACACGCUCCUGGUAAAAACAGAGAGAAAUCGGAACCACCUGGCGUGUUUUGGUACUUGGGUGUUGUUCCACACACUCAAUGCAAUGAUCAACUAUACCUUAUCAGGCUUUGAACUGGAACUGUAUGCCAUCUUUGAAUACCAUUAUGUGUACUGGUAUCUGUAUGAAAUUUUGUAUGCAUGGCUGGUUUCUACCCUUCAUCGAGCAGACAGUUUUCUCCUUGAAGCGGAGAAUGCUCCAGACAUGUCAGUCAAAGGUAGAAGUAGCAAGAAAAAUAAGAAGAAGAAAAGAACAAAGACCCUGACAAGGGAGCUUACCAUUGCCCAGGCCUAUCAGCAAAUGUUUGGUGGAUAUUACAAAGCUGUGAUAGCUUUCCAACUGUGUGGGAAGUUGAAAGAACCCAAAUUUCGGUUUGACAACGAGGAAGUGCGGUACAGCCACAGAUUUGCUCCAUUUGCUGCUGUACUGACACCACCCAUGGUGCACUACAGCCAAUACAAAGAAAUGUCAGACUUGCGGCGCUAUGAUCCUCUACCAACAACCCAGGAUCUCUUUGGUUCAGCCUACAAAUGUUUCUGUCAAGCUAAAGAGCUGCUAGAUUCUGUGAUUCCACAGUCAGAGGAGAUUCAAACAGUUAUUAAAAUUGCCAAGACCAACUUUGUGGUGAUGAAGCUGGUAGUUAGUGGUCAUAAGGAGAACUCCAUGGUACCGCCUGAGUUUGAUUUUUCCCAACACAAGAUUUUCCCUGUUAUCAAAGUGGUGUGAAAAUUCCAGCAGCUCAUGUGUGUUGUGGUCUAUGUGCGUGUAUGUGUAUGCCUGCUCACAGCUGAUUGAAUCCAGAUAUUUAUUUCAUCACACUUGUUCAUGCUAUUUUUAGCAUGCCGUGUGAUUGUUUUAUUUCUUUAAUGCUAAACAUUACAUUGGGUAAUAAAACAAAAGUUGGAUGAGAUUAUAUUUGUCACUCUUUGUUUUAACUAACGGUUAAAAAAAAAGUGGAUGGGUGAUGUAAAUGUCUGUAUGAUCUUUAUAGUUUAAAUUUUUAUUUAUAAUUUUAUUCAUUUUGUUUUAAGUCGAUAUUAUACUGGUUAAGUAGUUUUAAAAGUUAUGAAAUUGUAAUUACUGCUAUAUUUUCAAAAUAUAUUUUGUGUAUUAGUAGUUGUGACGUCAGUUGUUUUAUUUUUUCUAGUUAGUUGAUGUAGACUUAGAACUGAUUUGACAUUAGAAACGUAGCCAUUAAGUUGUUUUUUUUCAAGUCCCAAUCUGUUGUGUUUUGUUUUAUUACCCCGUGUUGAUGCAUAAUUAAACCAAAUGUCUGAUCACUUUGCUGGUCAGUAGUUUCUCUGUGAUGGUCAUGGUUAAAUGUCAUUUUUAACACAGUUAUCCUUUCUUGAUUCAGGUUUUUAAAAAGAUUUUUAUGGUUUUUUUUUAAUGUUUAACAUUACUUGCGUUUAACAAUUUCCCUGAUCUGUUGACAGUAACAGUCAGUUGAUAUCAACUGACAAAUUUUAACUGCAUUGAUUUAAUGAAAUUAAUAUUUCCUCUCCCCAUUCCAUGAAAUAAUACUGCAACUGGUCUUGAAAAAAAAAAAGUUUAAAUAAUAUUCAGACUUGAACAAAAUUUAAUGACUACAUAAAAAUUGAAACAGUUCAACCCCCUCCCCCAUUCCAUGAAAUAAAAAUGGAACCUGACUUGAAAAAUAAAUUUAAAUAUUCAGACUGUUAAGCAAAAUUUAAUGACAACAUAAACAUUAAAAGAGAAAAAAAACACUGCCAACUUUGAUUUGAAAAGUUUAAUGUAUUCCAUGAUGUCAUCACAUUGUAUGGUUAUAAAGUUUGUUUGUGGAGAGAGGUUGAGAGCUGAAGGAAUAUUAAAAUAUAGCCGGGCUUCUUUCACUGUAGUUUAUGACCCCAAAUAAUUUUAAGGAGAAUUGGUAUAUCUCAAUAUGGUGGUAAAGUAUUAUAUUUUGUUAAGGCUCUGGGAAACAAUAAACAAUG